GAAUUAUAUUAUAAUACAUAAUUUUUAUAAAAAUAUAACAUAAUACAAAAAUUGCCGGUCUAAAUUUUAGCCACCGUUUCAAGCAGACACAUGCGUGAUCAAUAAGCCAUUUUUGUUCACUGUCACUCUCCGUCUCCUACACGAGAAAGUCGUCUCUUUUUUUCUUCAACCCCAACUUCCCAAGAUACACCAUAAUCCAAACCCUAGAUCUCUUUAUCUGUUUUUAUUUGUUUAUUUAUUUAUUUGCUUUUGACACUCCCCAUCUUCACGUCACUCUUUUGUUUCACUGUAUCCUCACACGGACAUCACACAACAAAAGCAAAGACCCAUAUUCCAGAUCUGACUAAACGGGACCAACCUCCAUUUUCCAUUUGUUGCUCCUCAGCUACCCAUUUCUUUUCUCAUUGUAAAUCUUUUAUUAGAUCGGCUUAGACCUAGAAAAGAAAGAAGAUAAAAACCCAGUUGUUCAUUUUUUUUCACGGAAUUGUAUCUUGUUUAAAGUUGAAUUCUUUUGAGUUAAAAGAAUUUUGUUUGUGAUUUUUGCGGUUGGAUGUUGUGGGAUUUAAAUUAAUUAGAUCUGGAUUUGGGGUAUUUUAAUUUGUAUAUGUUGGUUUAGCUGUUUGGUUUUUUUUUUUUUGGAUUGGUGUUAGGGAAUUUUUCUCAAUGGCAAUGCCAUCGGGAAAUUUAAUUUUAUCAGAUAAAAUGCAGUUUCCUGCUUCUGAAGCUGCAGCAGCUGGCGGUGCUGCUGGGGCCGUUGCUGGCGGUGGAGGUGCAGGAGGAGGAGAGAUCCACCAGCACCAUCCCUGGCAAUGGUUCCCCGAUGAGCGUGAUGGCGUUAUCUAUUGGCUGCGGGGGGAAUUUGCUGCAGCCAAUGCUAUGAUUGACUCCCUUUGUCAUCAUUUGUGUGAGAUAGGGGACUUUGGGGAGUAUGAAGCCGUCAUAAGUUGCAUUCAACAAAGGAGAUGUAAUUGGAGCCCCGUGCUUCAUAUGCAGCAGUACUUUUCAGUUGCUGAGGUUUCCUACGCGCUUCAACAGGUAGCGUGGAGACGUAGACAAAGGCACUAUGAUCAAGGUAAAGUUGGGGGAAAAGAGUUUAAAAGAUCUGGCAUUGGGUUUAAGGGCCACAGGGUAGAUGUGGCUAAAGAAGUGCAGAAUUCUGGGGUGGAUGGUGAUGGGAAUUCGACUGUCACCACAGUUUCAGAGAGAAAUGAGAGAGGGAGUGAGAAGCGUGAGGAAGUUAAAUCGGGUGGUGAAGUAGGGAAGGUGGAUGAUAAGGGCUCAGCUGUCACAGAGGAUAAAAAAGAUAUUGGUUCUAAACCUCAUGCUGAUAGCAGCUUAAAAAAGUCAGGGAGUUCAAAGGGAACUACACCUGGAAAUACAGAACCUGGAAAUGAGGAUGUAAAUGGUGGAUGCACAUCGAUCCAUAAAGAGAAUGAUUUACAUUCCUCCCGAAAUCAGAAUGAAAAGCAGAAUCUGUAUACAGCUCCUAAAACUUUUGUUGGUAAUGAGAUGUUUGACAGAAAGAUGGUUAACGUGGUGGAUGGGCUAAAAUUGUAUGAAGAACUGUUUGAUGAGAAGGAAGUUUCAAAUCUUGUCUCAUUGGUAAAUGAUUUAAGGGCCGCAGGAAAAAGGGGACAAUUUCAAGGUCAGACAUACGUCGCUUCAAAAAAACCCAUGAAAGGACAUGGCAGAGAGAUGAUUCAAUUGGGCCUUCCAAUUGCAGAUGCACCUCUAGAUGAUGAAACUGCUGCAGGGACUUCCAAAGAUCGGAGAGUAGAAGCCAUUCCUGCCUUGCUGCAAGAUGCUAUUGAACUGUUGGUUGACUUACAAGUUAUAACUGCAAAGCCAGACUCUUGCAUCAUUGAUUUCUAUAAUGAGGGGGAUCAUUCACAGCCUCGCAUGUCACCACCUUGGUUUGGAAAGCCUGUUUGCAUCAUGUUCUUGACUGAGUGCGAUAUUACUUUUGGAAGGGUAAUUGCAUUUGAUUAUCCUGGGGACUUUAGAGGUUCUCUAAAGCUUUCUCUUGCACCUGGAUCUCUGCUUGUGAUGCAAGGAAAAUCAGCCGAUUUUGCCAAAUAUGCACUUCCUUCCGUCCGAAAGCAACGAAUACUUGUUACAUUUACCAAGUAUCAACCAAAGAAAUCCAUAACUGACAACCAGAGGCUUUCUUCACCUUCAGUUUCUCAGUCUUCACAAUGGGGUCCACCACCUAGUAGAUCACUUAAUAAUUUUCGUCAUUCUGCUGGUCCCAAGCAUUAUGCAGCAAUACCAACAACUGGCGUACUGCCAGCCCCACCAAUUCGCCCACAAAUUCCUCCUCCCAAUGGUGUUCAAACGUUAUUUGUCCCCACUCCGGUUGCUCCUGCAAUACCUUUUCCCGCUCCAGUUCCCAUUCCACCUGGUUCAACUGGUUGGCCAGCUGCUCCUCCACCUCGUUUGCCUGUUCCUGGCACUGGAGUUUUCCUGCCUCCACCAGGCUCUGGUAAUUCAUCACCUCAACAGUUGUCAACUACUGCAACUGAACUCAAUAUUCCUGUGGAGACAACUUCACUGGAAAAAGAGAAUGGUUCUGGGAAACCCAAUCAUCAUACAACUUCUCCUAAGGGGAGGUUGGAUGGAAAAUCUCCAAAGCCAGACUGCGAUGGAAGUGUAGAUGGAACUGGCAAUGGGAGAGCUGUGAUAAAGGAAGAACAACAAUGUGCUGACAAUAGUGUCAACCAGACCUGCUAGUGCAGUUUAGAGAGAGAGAGAGAGAGAGAGAGAGAGAGAGAGAGAGAGAGAAUUUCUCGAAGGAAAGGAGGUAGGCUGCGAACAGCAAUGAGUUUAAAGCAAAUGUAAAGAGCGGCAACAUUCGAGACUUUUGACAUUUCAUACCAGUAGGAGGGGAACAAAGGGGAGGGAGGAAUUCCUCGGUUCUCUCUGCAAUCCUUCAUGUUCACUUUUCCUUUUUUUUGUUGUCUUGUGACUCUCACGCUAGGUGAAAAACUCCAUUAAUUUAACUUUGGUUCUUAUUACUGUCUAGUUUUACAAGUUUUAUUCUUACUGUCUAGUUUUACAAGUUUUAUUCUUACAAACUUAGUUGAGCUGCUGCUGUGCGCUACCUGCUUAAUCUAGGUGAAAUACCUUGAUUCAGAGCCUUUCCCUAGAGAUUAGUACUUACAAAAUUACCUUCAUUUCUCUUGUACAACACCUGAAGGACUUAUCUCACACACCAUUAAAGCAAAUAUUAUCAUAUUUGGUCGUUGAUUUUUUUUUCUCUUGUUUUUUAAUUCUCUUCUUGUUUGAACUGACUUUUAUAAUAGCAUGAGCACCAAUCUGAAUUUAUUCAACCCUGUCAAUUCCAAACUAUCGAUUAGACUGUAAAAUCUGUGCAAGGGAAAGUAGCAGGUUUGCCACAGA